UAAAGUGAAAAAUGGAUGUUGUUACUCCUACUCCUCAAGAUCUACAGAGGAAACUUUAUUUUUUGGUGGAACAGUUGCAGCACAUGGCUGGGGAGCUCCCACCAAAGUAUCAGAUGCGUCUGCCAUAUGAAUUAUUGUCCGGUUUGGCAAACUCAUUGUUGAAUGAUACCAUCUUUGAGAUAGUGAAAGGACUUAUGGAAAUACAGCAUGUCACAGAGAAGCAUCUCUUCCAACAACGGCUUCAGCUUUUGAAUCAACAAAAAAUUGAGUCUCAAGAAACAUUGUUAUCUGCGUCAGCGACAGAUGAAGAGCUAUCAGCAAUAAAAGCAGCUCUGCACAAGAAGCACAAGGAAGAGUUGAAGCAAUUGGACAUGAAAUUGGUGUUACAAUUGGAUCAAAAAGUGGCUGACCAGCAAGGCAUACUAGAAAAGGCUGGAGUACCUGGAUUCUAUGUGACUAACAAUCCAAUGGAGAUUCAAGUGCAAAUGAGACUAUGUGACUUUAUAAUUAGGCUCAGCAAGAUGGAUAUACCCUCUUGACAUGGAUAUAUAGUCUAUAUUCACUAUUUUUCUUAUAUAAUUUUUCUUAUACUUAUCUCAUGGUAAGCAUUUGUCAUUACUAUGUUACUAUUUAUAUUGUUUAUUAUUUGAUAUUAAAUUCUGAAGAGGGAAGAUUGCGAAGAUUUAUUAUACAGUACUUUAUUUAACUCAAGUAUUCUUUUGUAUACAAUGCAAUGUUCUAUAUAUUUUGUUAUAUUAACAAGAAUUAAUACACUCAAAUUUACAGCCAUCAACUUAAGUAUAAUAAAUCAUUAUAUCUAUAUAUGAUACAAUACUUUUUUUUAUAAUAGAAAAAUAUUCCUGACAAUUACAUAGAUAUCAUAUAUGUGAUAGAGAAAAAUAAAUUUUUAAUAAUGAAAACACAAGUUAUA